GUGAAAUCGCUCGCCCAGGGUACUCUCGCUGUCUCGAUUUGGGGCUUCUGAGGAACGGAGAGAAGGCGAGAAACAAAGGAGGCUUCCUUCGUGUCUGGGUUCGCCGGAUAUCUCACCCGCCCCCUCCCCCACUCUCUCUACAGUGGAAUCACUGAGAGCCAAAAAAAAAAAAAGCCCAAUAAGAAGCAAAUCUCAAAAUCCCCCAUUUGUGCUACUGGCAUUCAGAUGUUAAUGACAAAUCACAGGUCUUGAGCUAAUCAUGUCGGAAGGUGCAGAAGUUGAUGAGCGUGUGGACUUUGAUGAGGAAAACUACAUGGAAGAGAUGGACGAUGAUGUGGAAGAACAAAUAUAUGAUGAGGGAGUAGAUGGAGGUGGUGACGAGAAUGAAGAGAAUGUUGAGGAACAUGAAUAUGAAGAUUCAGUAGCAGAAACUUGUGGGAAAGACCAAUAUCCUGAAGCAGAUGGAAGUGACAUUGUAACUGAAUCUGUGGAAAAUGAGCAAAAGCCAUCUUCCAUUGAUGAAAAUGAAAAGGAGAAGCAUGAUGAACUUCUUGCACUUCCUCCUCAUGGUUCUGAAGUCUUUAUUGGUGGACUUCCUCGAGAUACAUGCGAAGAUGAUUUAAGAGAAAUGUGUGAGCCAAUUGGUGAUAUUCUUGAGGUGAGACUUAUGAAAGAUAGGGAUACAGGAGAUGUUAAGGGUUAUGCUUUUGUGGCAUUUAAAACAAAAGAGAUUGCACAAAAGGCCAUUGAAGAGCUACAUAACAAGGAAUUUAAGGGUAAAACUUUAAGGUGUUCUGUGUCUGAAACGAAACACAGAUUGUUUAUUGGUAAUGUUCCAAAAAACUGGACAGAGGAUGAGUUUAGGAAAGUCAUCAUGGGUGUUGGUCCUGGAGUUGAAAACAUUGAGCUGAUUAAGGACCCCCAAAAUGCAAGCAGGAAUCGUGGGUUUGCUUUUGUUUUGUAUUAUAAUAACGCCUGUGCUGAUUAUUCUCGAAAAAAGAUGUCAAAUGCAAACUUUAAGCUGGAUGGUAAUACCCCGACUGUCACAUGGGCAGAUCCAAAGAACUCAUCUGAUCAUUCGGCAUCCUCACAGGUUAAAGCUCUCUAUGUGAAAAACAUACCUGAGAAUACUACUACUGAACAACUGAAGGAACUGUUCUGUCGACAUGGAGAAGUAACAAAAGUGGUCAUGCCUCCUGGGAAAUCUGGAGGCAAACGUGAUUUUGGUUUCAUUCAUUUUGCAGAGAGGUCAAGUGCAUUGAAGGCAGUAAAAGAUACAGAAAAAUAUGAAAUAGAUGGCCAAGUGUUGGAAGUUGUUCUAGCAAAGCCUCAAACCGAGAAAAAAUCUGAUGGAGGUCAUGCCUACAAUCCUGGGCUCCAUCCACAUCCUGGUUAUGGUGGUUUCUCGGGAAAUCUAUAUGGUUCUGUGCGGUCUGGAUAUGGCGUUACUGGUGGUUAUCAACAACCGGUGAUAUACGGUAGGGGUCCUAUGCCAGCAGGAAUGCAGAUGGUCCCCAUGGUAUUACCUGAUGGUCGUAUCGGCUAUGUCCUUCAACAGCCUGGUGCACAGAUUUCAGCACCCCGACCCCGCAGGAACAAUGGUCCAAGCAGCCAGCCAGGGCGAGGUGGAGGCAGUGGCAGUGAUGAGGGCAAUCGCAGUAGAAGGUAUCGACCUUAUUAAUGAUGGCAGGCAGAGACCCAGAUGCUUCUUGAGGCACCCUGCUGUUUGGUUGAUUGUUAGGGGCUUUUAGGAACCAGCAACUUGUAAUUGCUUCGCUAUAUAUGCAUCGAGAAGAUUUUAUCUCAACCCCUACUCAUUGCUAAGAAGAUGGAAAAGAGGAGAGAGCAUAUAAACAUAUAGUUAAGGAUUAGGGUCAUGGAUAGUCUCUUAGGAUGUGGUCGGUGUCUUUUCUGCUGUUAGAUGAAUCAGCUGGGUAAUUCAGGAUCUCUUCUGCUUUGUAAUCCUUCUCAGUUCUCAGCUAUUUUUUUAAUAACCAGUUUAAUAGUUUGGUUUCAUUAACUUAUGAUUAUUAAAAUUUUCAAGUUCAACUCCAUA